AUGACUUCAUUGAAAUUACAAUUAAAUAAACUUGCUGAUGCUCAUACUCAAUGGCAACUAACUGAUAGUGAAAAUCGUAAACGAGCAUCAUUUCUUUAUGAUCCAAAAGUAGCUUCAACACUUGAUCGAGAAACAAUUUAUUGUCUCGGUACAAAUGGUUUUGAAGAACUUUGUUUACUUGAUUCUGGUUUUGAAGAAUUUGAACGCGUACUUUUCAGUGAUACUAGUCUAACAUUUGAACGUAGUAUUCAAACUAAAGAAGUUAAUGAUUCAUUAAAUUUAACUAUUCGACGAUUUCUUAUUCGUCUUUCACCUUAUUUUCUCUUGAGUCCAGCUCAUAAAGCACUUGAAUGGCUUGUGCAUCGAUUUUUCAUUCAUUUUUACAAUGUCGAUGAUCUUAUGCGAUGCAUAUUACCAUAUCAUGAGCAUAAUUAUUUCACACGUGCAAUUCAAAUGUUUCGUUUUAAUGAUAAGCAUAGUGCUUGGAAUUGGCUUGAAUCUGCUCAAAAAGCAGGAACAACAAUUUCUGGUCUUGUUAUGGCUAAUCGUUGUGCAACUGACUUAGGAUUUUUAAAUUUUAUUUGUGAAUCCACUACUAUGGCAGUUCAAGAAUUUGGUUCAAAUCAUUCAUCAUUACGUGUAAUAAUAAAUUUUUAUCUUAAAACAUUAUGUUCAACUAUAUUACAUUCAUUAUCACAUAAGAAAAAAAAGAAAAAGAAAAAUUCCAAUGAAGAAAAUUUUAUUGCUCAAUUCAUGCCUUAUUUACUUAAAGGUCUUAAAUCAAAAUCUCUGGAUUAUAAACGAGCUACAUAUUUAAUUCUUUCUAACUUAUCAAAUAUAUUUACAUUUCAAACCAACAUUAAAGAUGAAAUACUCAGUGUUCUUUCUAAAGGUUUUUCGGAUGAUUUAAUCAAAGAAAAUCUUUUAAUCGUCUCAGUGUUUCUUAACAAUCAACAUCAUCAAUCAAUACCAGAACGAUGCUUUCUUAAAUUCUGUCAAAUGUCAAAUAUAAUUGAUGAAAUAUUUCAAUUAACAAAUGAUGUUCGAAUAGAUAAUUUUCUAUGUGGAUGGUUUGAACAAUUACUUAAUCAUGUUUUAAAAGAUAAUAAUCAAAUGGAAAUAGAUAAUGAAGAAAAUUUUUCAAUAUUAAUUGAAAAAACAUUAAAUACAAUUAAAUUUAAUUCAAAUAUUUUAAAAUUUAUUAUUAAUUGUUUUAUAAAACAAUUUAAUAAUAAUAAUAAUAAAUAUUUAAUAUCAUUAGCAUCGAUUAUUGAACGAAAAUAUCCAAUUGAUUUUGAUGAUAAUAUUCGACAACAAACAGAAAAUUGUUCGAAUAAUGAAGAACGAAAACGUAUUAGAGAAUUUGCAUCAAUGACAGCUAUUGGAUUUAAACAUCAACCUUUAUCGGAUCGUAGUUCACUUGCUAUUUGUCUUAAUCAUCCACAAUCACAAUUACGUAUUGAAGCUUUACAACGAAUUCGUGAAGGAAUUAUAGCUAAACAAAAUAUUGAAAGAGAAUUUUUAAUUGAUGUUCUUAUAUCACGUUUGAAUGAUAAUGAAACAAAAGUUGUUAAUGAAGCAAUUCUUCUUUUAGAAGAAUUACAUUUAACUGAUAAUCAACAAAUUAAUGAUAUUUUACAAAAGAUUCUUCAACGUGAAAAUGAAGAUUGGUCAUCGGUUCAACAAUCCAUUGUUCGUUUGUUAGCACUUGAUUCAACAAGUGAAACUAAAUAUCUUCAUCUUCUUUUUCCAACAACAUCAUCCGAACUUAAUUUAUUAAAUAAUCUUCUAGAAAAUUAUAAACGACAAAAACAAACAUCAUCACCAUUACUUAAAUUAACAAAAAAAACUUUUAAAUCAACAACAAUCGAUAAUUUAUUGACAACAAUUGAUCGAUUUAUUCAAUCAAUAACAACAAAUGAUGAUCAUCAAAAUAUACUUUUACCAUUAUUACAACAAUAUGAUGAAAUUUUACGUCUUGUUGAACAUUAUCGACCAAAUUGGAUUAAAUUUUCUAUUAUUUAUAUUUUAUUAGGAAUUGAAACAAUUAAACAACAAACAAAUAAUGAAUAUAUUGAAUUAUCUACAAUUAUAGUUUUUAAACUAUUAAAAAAACUAUCACAAGAAAUUUCACCAAUUAAGGAUGAAUCGACAGAAAUACCUGAUAGUAAAACAUUAAUUGAUUUACAUGUCAUUAAAAAAAAGCCAUUAACAUCAACAAGUUAUGAUACUCUUUGGAAAUUAUUUAUUCAUGCAGUACCUAAAGAUCAUAAUCCAUCAUUAUUUCUGAAUGAUUUUCUAUGUGAAUGUAUUCAAUGGUUAUGUUCAGAAAAUAAAACUUCUAUACUUUAUCUUCUAUUUAAUGAACAAUUUUCAUCAUUAAAUAAACUUGUUCUAUUUCUUGCUGAAUAUUAUCUUAAUUUAACAGAUAAAUAUCAUGAACAAGAAAUCAUAUUAAAAUAUCUUGUUAAACAAACACAAAUAAUUGAAUAUACAAAUUUAUCAAUAUUAAUAUUUAGUUUUCUUCUUCAUUCAUCAUAUCGAACAAUACGUUCACUUGUAUUAAAAAUCUUUCAAACAAAAUUAAAAUGUUUAACAAAUGAUUUUGAUAUAUUUAUACAAAGUAUAAAACAUCAUGAAAAUGAAAUAAUAACUGAUUCAGAAUAUAUUUGUUAUUUAAUAUCACAAUUAAUUCAAACAAUUAAAUUAAAUGAAAAGAAAAAACGAAAAAUAAAUUUUGAUAAUUCAUCAUUAAUACAUUUAUUUAAAAUAACAAUUGAACAAAAUAAUGAUUUAAAUUCUAAAUUAAAACAACAAUUAAAUAUUCAAUUACUUUAUUUAUUAAAACAAUGUAAACAUUGGUCAAUAUUUAAUGAAUAUCGUAAUGAUUUAGAAAAUCUUCUUCAACAAUCUGAACAAAAUUUAUCUUUACAUCAUAAUAAUAUAUUUAUUGAAAAUAUUAUUCAACAUAUUAAUUAUGAAACAUUAAUACAUGAACAAUCAUUAUGUUUUGAAAUUAUUUUACAAAUAUUAAAACGUUCAAUUAAAAAAUCUAAAGCAUUAACAACUAUUGAUAUGAUGAUAUUAACAUUAAAACAAUUUACACCAGAAAUGUUUACCUCACUUUCAUCAGAUUUUGAUAAACAAAUACAAUUAAUUGAUGAAUGUUUUUCAUUAUGGCAACGUUCAAAAUCUUCACAAUUAACAACAAUAAUUAAAACAACACUUUCUAAAUUUACUUUUGAUGCUAAACAUUUCUUGACUUAUUGGAAAAGUAUUCUUGAACCUGAUAAUCAAGAAAAUAAUACUAAUAUACAACAAAAUCGUUUAUCAAAUAAAAAAUUAAUUACAUCAAAAAUAAAUGAAGUAACAUCAACAAAUUCGACAAAUACAACUAUUAAUUGGAAAAAUUUAAUACCAUCAUUAGAAAUUUUACAUAAUGAUCAAUUACUAAUUAAUAAUCGACAUGAAUUAAUUCGUCCACUUUUUCUUAUGCUUGAAAAAUCUUUAAAUCAAACAAAUGAAUUUGAACAAAAAACAUAUAUUCAUCAAUUAUGUACAACUGCUUUACUUAAUCUUUAUACACAAUUAAAAUCAGAUGAAUGUAAUCCAGAUAUUUUUAAUAGUGAAAUUGUUAUGGAAUGUAUGAGACGUACAAAUGAUUUACAUACAACACAACAAUGUCUUAUGCUUUUAUCUAAAGGUGCACAACUAUUCCCUGAAAAAUUAAUUAGUAUGAUCAUGGCCAUGUUUGCUUUUGUUGGUGAUCGUCUUGUACGUAAAGAUGAUUUAUAUAGUUAUCAAGUUAUGGAAAAAACAAUAAAAACUGUUAUACCAUCUUUAUAUAAAGAAAAAAAUCUUGAACAACGUCGACCAAUACUUGCUAAAAUUACACAUGUUUUUGUAACAUCAUUAGCACAUUUACCAGCACAUCGUCGUCAAGAUAUAUUUCGUAUGCUUAUGGAAUCAAUUGGUCAAGAUGAAUGUCUUUGGUUUGCACCAAUUCAAUUAUUUGACUCGAUUCUUUUAUCACCAAUCAAUAGAAAAAAUGAAGAAACAUUAAAAAAAUCGUUAAUCGAUGCUAAUGAACAAAUGUUAAAUAGUUUUAAUCAAUUUUCAUCAUCAACUAUACUUAUUAGUCUUACACGUAUAUUAAAUGUUCUAUUAAAUCUACCUGAUCAAAUCACGAAAAAUCAAUCUACACCAUCGACAUAUUCACAUUUAAUAGAUUUACGUUUAUAUACAACAAAACAUAUUCAUGUAUUUAAAUAUCAAUUAUUAACAUUUGUUAAUAAUAUUCUUUCUGCUGAUUUUUUUAUUAAAAUGAUUAAAAAUGGUUUACGUCAAGAAAAUGAACUCAAUUAUUUAAAUGAAUUAAUUCAAACAAUUCUUCAUUGUCUAUUAUGGGCUAAUAAAUUAUCUGAAGAUGAUAUUGAUAUAAGUCGUUAUAAUAAAUCAAUAUUAAAUAAAAUUUAUGAUUGUUUAAAUAAAAGUAUUGCAUUAUUACAUGGUUCAAUGUUUGUUAAUAUUAUAUCAAAUUUACUUCAACAACAACAAACAAAUGAAAAAUUACAAAGAAAAACUUUAGAAAUAUUAAAUACACGUCUAAAAGAUGAAUUUACAACAGAAAAUGAAAUUGUGUUAUUUUUACCACAUAUGAAUAAUUUAUUAUCAAUUGUUAAUAAAUAUUCAACACAUGAACAAGAACAAACAGCACAAACAGCUCUGUUUUCAAUUAAAUUAUUAGCUAAACGUUUAGCUGAAAAACAUCCGACAGAGUUUUCAUCAGUAAGUUGUUCACUCUCUUAUUGA